CAAAAAAGCAGGUUUGGGGCCAGAGCCCAAGUAACGGUGCGGUUUAUUUUUCCGGAUUAGCUUCCCCAUCUUGCCUAAACAUUUCUGAGUCCCAUCUUUUUAGGAGAACGCCACUUAUUAAACAUGUGAGAACUACAGUCCCGGCCUGUGUCAGAAGGCAGCUUCCGGCCAUCUUUUCCCAGCAUUCCUUGUUUACUUCCGGGUUUGUUAAUACGGAGGGGAGAACGUGGGCUUUUAUCCCGGCCAUGGCUGAACUGAUCCAGAAGAAGCUGCAGGGAGAAGUGGAGAAAUAUCAACAGCUACAGAAGGACUUGAGUAAAUCCAUGUCAGGGAGGCAGAAGCUUGAGGCACAACUAACAGAAAAUAAUAUCGUGAAGGAGGAACUGGCCCUGCUGGAUGGGUCCAACGUGGUCUUUAAACUUCUGGGUCCUGUGCUGGUCAAACAGGAGCUGGGGGAGGCUCGGGCCACAGUGGGGAAGAGGCUGGAGUAUAUCACAGCUGAAAUUAAGAGAUACGAAUCCCAGCUCCGGGACCUUGAGCGGCAGUCAGAGCAACAGAGGGAAACCCUUGCUCAGCUGCAGCAGGAGUUCCAGCGGGCCCAGGCGGCAAAGGCAGGGGUUCCUGGGAAGGCCUGACCCCAUGGGGGGGGGGAGGGGAAUAAGGCAGCUCUAGGAUCUAUACUGUAGCUAAUAAAAUGUAAAAAUACCUGGCUUGUUUUCUGA